GCAUGGAGCCCUGGUGAGAGCAGUAACGCGUGGUUCAUCAGUAAAGAUUCAAGUUCAGGAUUAAAUGAGUUCAGAGGUUCAUUAGAAUCAGUUGAAUUAUUGAUUAAUUAUUACUGUGGAUGAUAAAGUGAGUGUGAGUGUUAGAAUGGAGUCAGUGAGUCAGAAACAGAAGAGAAAAUCAGAUCGGAUCAAUAACACAGAUGAUUCCGGGAGAAACGAGUCAGUGAAGAGGAACCGACACAGUGAUCUGAUUCAUAGUUUAGGAGAGGAGGAUCAUUCGGUUCAGCUGCUGGAGGAUCUGGUGUUCGGUACACAGGAUCAGCUCGUACACAGAUUAACUCAGCAGAGCGAUGAUGAUGAUGAUGAUGAAGGUGAUGAUGAUGAUGAUGAUGAUGAAGGUGAUCAGGAGGAGGAAUCGAGUGAAUCAGACGUGGAGAACGAGUCUCGGCUGCAGGUUCCUGUGGAGAGGAGAGCCGUGUGGGAGGAUGAUGAUGACGAGGUGGAGGAAGAGGUGGACAUGAGCCAUCGCUUCAGAAAAGAUUUCACCAGGAGCGACGCCGAAUCCACGCUGAGCAAACAGCAGCUGCAGCAGCGCCUGAAGGACCAGUUCCAGAAGGCCAUGGGUGGGGUUCCGUCCUGGGCUGAGAAGCGGGUGAAGAGGAGUAAGAGGAAAGAUGAUGAAGAUGAUGAAGAAGAUGAGGACGAAGACGACGAGUUGCUGAAGAGGACUGGAAACUACGUGGCCGCGUCCGAAUCUCUUCCCAAAGGCGCCAUCAAGUUGAAGAAAUGCCUGGACGCUAACAACGCUAACCCGGGCGAGGGGCGUCUCACCUCGGUGCAGUUCCACCCGUCCGCUCAGGUUCUCCUCACCGCCGGCCUGGAUCACACCGUCUCGCUCUUCCAGGUGGACGGUAAGACCAACCCGAAGAUCCAGAGCAUCCACCUGGAGAACUUCCCCGUCAACAAAGCGUGUUUCAGCGCCAGCGGUGAGCAGGUGAUCGCCACCGGGAUGAGGAACAAGCUCUUCUACGUGUACGACAUGAUGGAGGGCAGGAUCGUCCCCGUGCCCAGCGUCCGAGGUCUGAAUGAACAGAGGGUGAAGGACUUCGAGGUGUGUCCUGAUGGAGAGUUCCUCCUGCUCACAGGUUCCUCAGGGUUCCUGCACCUCAUGACCACCAGGACGAAGGAAGUCGUUCGCAGUCUGAAGAUUAACGGCAACGUUUGUGCGGCGGCCUUCAACUCCGACGGCUCCAAGAUCUUCACCAACUCCGAGGACGGUGAGGUGUAUAUUUGGGAUGUGAGGAGCAGUAAGUGUUUGAACAGGUUUGUGGAUGAUGGGUGUGUCAGAGGAACGUCUCUCGCUCUGUCCAGAGAUGACCGAUUCCUGGCCUGUGGCUCUCAGUCGGGCGUGGUGAAUAUUUACUCUCAGAAGGUGUGUAUGAGUGGAGCUGCUCCGAAGCCUCUGAAGUCGGUGAUGAAUCUGGUGACGGCGGCGACGUCGCUGAGGUUUAACUCGACGGGAGAGAUGCUAGCUGUGGGCUCGCGGGUGGAGGACGAGGCGAUUCGGCUGGUGCACAUUCCCAGCUUCACCGUGUUCUCGAACUUCCCGAUGUUCCGGAGGAAGCUGAUCUACAAACCUCACGCCCUCGACUUCUCACCCAACAGCGGCUUCUUCUCCAUCGCCAACAAUAAAGGACAAGCAGUGCUCUUCAGGCUGCUGCAUUAUAAAGACUUCUGAGGGAUCUGCUCACCGUUCCUGGAUCUCCUGACGUCCCACGCUGCGUCAGAUCCUGCUGAGGGAUCUACUCAUCAGAUCCACCGUGGGAAGAAAUCCACGGAGCGUCCACACCUCGUUUUAUAUCAUUUAAUAAAAAACUGUUUCUCUUCA